CGCUGUCACAACAAUGCCACACAAACACAAGCGCAAAGCAGGUGAUGCGUCGGACUUCGAUCUCCCACCCACAUCUCGCGCUGCGCCUCUCCCAGUCGGCAAAGGCAAGACCGCAAACACCAACACAAAAUCGAAGAAGCGCAAGAUAGCCCACAUCGAGGGCUACGGGCAAGAUGACACACCCAAAGCGUUCCAACGGCUAAUGGCCUUCUCACAAGGCGGCGUCGGCGCCAACAAGAAACGCUCCGCUCUCGACGACGGCCUCGUGCUCUCUAAGAAGCAAAAAGCCGCCGCGAAACGCGCAGCCCAGCAAUCCGCAAACCCCGGCUCAGACGACGAGACAAAGUCCACCAUGAACAAGGCAAACGCAACCGCCGAAGCAAAACAGAUCCCCAAGAUCCAACCCGGCGAGUCGAUGGCCGAAUACAGUUCCCGCGUCGACGCCGCCCUCCCACUCACCGGCAUCGCAAAAUCCGGCAAGAAAAUCGCCGGCGCAGCAGACCACCGCAUAACGAAACACGAAAAGCGCCUCAAGAAACUGCAAGCCGGAUGGCGCGAAGAAGAAGCGCGGAUCCGCGAGAAGGAAGCCGAGGAAGCCGAACUCGCAGAAGAGGAGCGCGACGAUCAGGCGCUAAUCUGGGAAGACAAGACCGAGGGCAACGUACCUGGGUUACGAGCGAACGGAAAGAAGAGCAAGGCAGCGAAACGGAAGAAGGUCGUCGGCGAGGUGGAUAACCAUAGUGAGGAUGAGUGGGAGGCGCUGAAGAAGAAGAGGGAGCAGAGGAAGGGGUUGCAUGAUGUUGUGCAUGCGCCGCCGACGUUUAGUAAGGUGCCGAGGGAGAUCUUCAAGGUUAAAAAUGGGGCGAAGGUCAAUGUGAAUAAUAUCCCGAGCGCGGUGGGGAGCUUGAGGAAACGUGAAGAGCUGGGUGAGGAGCGUAAGACCAUCAUCGAUACGUAUAGGGAGUUAAUGGCGGCGAAGAAGGGGGAGGGAAAUGCGAAGGCGAAGGCGUAGUGGAAAGUGAUACCCAGGAAUAAUGAGACGAAUGUCAUUCGAUCAGUCUGCAUAGGAAUGUACCCGAAUCACAACCCUCAACAUUAGGUUUGUUGUCAUCACCUACAAGCACCAAUGGUCAUUGGUCAUGUGACCGGGAACGUCAUUUGCCAAACGACCGCUCCGAGCGGAAGGGGUGUACCAACUCCACACAGUGUUCCUAAAAUCCACUGUAUUAUGCGGAUGCAAAGCCACGAGGUAGCUUGCAC